UUCAACGUCGUUUGUUAUGGUGCAGAAGACCAACUUUCCCGCCACGUGAAAUGCCUCCGAGAAAAUCUUCCAGACAAACUAGUAAAGAAACAACAAACGAAGAUGUCCAGAGUCUGCAACAACCCCACAAAGAGGCAGACCAAUGGAUCUGUUUUAUAAACAAUACAGCCUUAGAGAUUGACCCCAACGAUGACACCAAAACGGUUUUCUGUAAACUCAGACAUCCGAAAACAGACAGAGGUGCUAUUUUUCUGUUCGCUAAUGGAGAUAAGGACGUGUUCGAAGUGGCGGUUUUUGCCGAGAGUUGUCGAUCUUGGUUGAUCGACAAUACAGUUCAGCAAGAUGGGCGUCUCCAUGUCACAACUCCUAUCGAUUCAUUGUUCCUUCUCCUUCCCUACCUGAAAAAGGCCAAAGAGGGUGGGAUGUUUAUGACCCUGGACCAGAUUGUCUGUGACUCCGAUUACCCAGAAUCCAGUAGACUCGUUGCUACAUCCGGGACAUCGGAACUAAAUCAGAUAGCCGAUGUCAAAGGAAGCGAUGAUUUACAAGUGUACAGAUACAAUGAAGAGAAAGUGUUGUCAUGGUUACAAACAAAAACAGAACGUAUGGCGGACAAGCUCUCGGAGAGGGGGAUAUGUGUGUCCGGGGCACAGAGUUCUACGUACGUCCGGACCAAGCGCGCCAUGACGGCAUCACAUGAUGACUACAUAAGAUACGCCUAUGGAAUGGUGUGUGAUUACAUCCCUUCUGAUGUCGCCAGCCAACUCAGAGAGCACAUGAAAAUUCCAGAAGUUGUGGAGAAAAAAGAAAAUGAACCGCCAAACAAGAAAGCCAAGUUAGGUGAUAUAACUCCUACUGAAGACUACAGCCAGGAGAAAUCAGAUACAAAAUCGGCAAAGACCGGUAAGCUGACAGCCGGCCAGAAGAAGCUCAGUAAGGUGGACAAAUCGGGAAUGAAGUCACUGGCCAGCUUCUUCUCCCCCAAGGCCAAGUCUUGAUGCCAUAAUAUACACAGUGCUAUUUAUAUACGUGUUAUAUAUUUGAUAUAAACACAAACCAGCAAUGCAUUUGCGCUUUGACAUUAGUUGUUUUACCUAGGCUUUAAUGAAAGUGAGGAUUCUGGGCAUUGUUUUGAUUUUUUCAGGUAAAAAGCAAUUAUAUUAAUUAUGUUAAACAAAACUACUUAAGAACAGGAUUUUGGUGCUAGAUGACUCGUUUUUAUAUGCGGUCUAUGUUAGUUUUUGGGUUGUUAACAUGGCUAUGUUGAGAAUAAAGGCCACGGAAGUGUUCAAUUUUUGUGCAA